GUCGCCGAUGUCACGGGAUCUCGGCUGGUCGUCGCCGGCUCGCAAAGAGAAUGUUUUUCACGUGACUCGACGAGAUAAUCCCGUGGGAUACAUACUACGUCUGGUUGCUCAUCCUGGAUACCGAUCGCACGUUAGGCAGCGAGUGCAGUAGUAGAAAAAGCACAAGGUAACACUUCGUCCAGUCAUCCGUUACGUCCGUGUAACGCGCGUAGACCCUGCCCGGCAACUCUUCAAGGCCCAAAUAGAAGAAGAAAGAAGAACGUGAACGUAAGCGCGAACGUAAUCCAGCCUGCCGGUGCCUGCCGGCUAGUACAGAUUGACCCUGAACUUCAAACCGCGCUGCUUACUAGCAUUUCCAGUAGCAACCAGAAGCAGCGACAGCAACGUCGGCAGUGUCCAGCAAUGAUUUCCUUAUUUAGCAAUUUUCUCAGUAUUGCGCCGACGAUGUAUUCUGACGGUCUCCUGACGCUCCAUUAUGGAAAACAUCCAGCGACCUUGGCCGCAGAGGUCGGGGCCUGGUACAGCGGGGACCGUCACGUAGAUGUAACCCUGGCAUGCGAUGAUGGGUCUAUUGUGAAGGCCCAUCGUGUCGUUUUGGCAGCUGCCAGUCCCCUCUUGGCUAGUCUACUUCGGAAUCCUGCCCUGGACCAUGUGGUUCACUUAUCAGGCGUCCGAAAGACGCAAUUAAAUCAUUUGUUGGAAUUUUUAUAUAACGGAGAAGCGUUGAUACCGUCGACAGAGCUUACGCCAUUAAGAGAGCUUUUUGAGCUUCUCCAAAUCAAGUCCGAACUAUUUGAGCCCAAUCAGCCUCAAACUAGUAAUUCUGAUCCCGAAAGAAUAUCAACUCCACAGCCUUCAGAAGGCCAGGAGAGUUCCAGUUACGAAUCCCAAUACGAUGGCAGACAGUCCAAUAAUCCUGCGGACUGUUGCUCAGUCCUCAUUAAAACGGAAGGCUGCGAAGAGGAGCCGGAAGUGGAUGUGGAAGGUGUGGAAGGCGAAAGUCUUCUUUCGGAUAACAGAGAAAGCAGCAUAGAACCUCCUAGAAGAAGGGAUAGUUCUGAUCCUGUUAAUCUGAGUCUCAAUUCCGGCACUUCCGUCACAAGUGAUAGCUCACACGAUAUAAUACACAGGUCUGAAAAACCGAUAUUCGAAAGGCGAGAAUCUCUUGAGGAAGCAGAAGAGCGGAAGAGGCAGUUGGCAGCGCGACUGGCGUUAGGCUUAGAAUCUGGGAAGAGAAAACUCGAAGAAUUACCGAUCCCACCUGCGGAAGCAUACGUCGUGACGCCUCAUCGAAAGCGAAGACCAGGCUUCCAUAAUGCUCCCGCACAAAAUCCGGCUUUCGUGCCUUUCAAUCCUGGAUUCGAAACGCCCAGAAGGUUGCAGGCGCCACAUCCCCUGAGUGUUUCGGCACCACCGUACCUGCAAGAUAGAUCAGUGACGCCGCCAUCACAUCGACCGCCAAGCGCUGAUCCGACGUCAGCAGCGGCUCUGGAGGCACCUUGGACGGCUUGGACUCUGCCACCUGCCAGAGCGCCACCACCGCCACCGUCAACGGACGACCCGCCGAAGUCUACCCCUGUUCGAGAAUAUCGAUGCAGCUACUGUGGCAAACAAUUCGGCAUGUCAUGGAACCUGAAGACCCAUUUAAGAGUGCACACGGGCGAGAAGCCUUUCGCGUGUAGACUUUGUGUUGCCAUGUUCAAACAGAAAGCCCAUUUGCUAAAACACCUUUGCUCGGUGCACCGAGGUGUGAUAGCCGCUCCCGACAAUACGUUCUCGUGUUGCUUUUGCUCGUCGUCGAACUUCGUUAAUUUGCAGGACCUCAUUAGGCAUCUCUCGGGACCGCACAACAAUCUACUGCUCAGCAGAAAUCUACAUCGUGAAUUUACGAAUCACGAAUAGCGACAAAGUCAAAGACCGUCCGGUGCUGAAGAGUGUUCCUUGAACGCAUAAUGAUGAGCAGCUUAUUUGAUGCUUUUAUGCUUUCAAGAUCUCAUUAGGAGGAUGCGAUCAAGUCACACAAUUUCUGUUCAGACUGUUUAAAAAAAUUAGUUUAUGCAAAAUGAGAUAUUUAAAAUUAU